AUGGCGGAGGCGGCGGCGGUCGUGUGGAUUCGCGGCCCCGGCGUUGGGUGCAGGGCGGUGCGGGAUGUCCCGGCCGUUUGCUCCGUUCAAGACCUUAUCCACCGCCAUUGCCAAGAUGAGGGUGUUCCCGCGGAAUGCUUCUUUGUGAAGUGCGACGGCUUGCUGGCCGACAGCAGGGACACAGUGCGACAUGGAGCUGUGUACAGUUUGGAGCCCAGACUUCAUGGUGGAAAAGGAGGCUUUGGGUCUAUGCUCCGAGCACUCGGUGCGCAGAUUGAGAAGACAACCAAUCGAGAGGCUUGCCGGGAUCUCAGUGGCAGGAGACUACGAGAUGUCAAUCAUGAAAAAGCAAUGGCGGAGUGGGUGAAACAGCAAGCUGAGCGGGAAGCGGAGAAGGAGCAGAGACGCCUGGAGCGACUGCAGCGGAAGCUGGCGGAGCCCCGGCACUGUUUCACCAACCCCGACUACCAGCAGCAGUGCCACGAGAUGGCCGAGCGCCUGGAGGAUUCCGUCCUCAAAGGUAUGCAGGCCUCCGCCAGCAAGCUGGUAUCAGCAGAAAUGGGGGAGACGCGGAAGAGGCCCAGCAAACCGGAAGCAGACGGAGGAUCCAGCGCCCCGAAAAGGAAGUGCUUUUGGCUGGGCGUGGAAGGCCUGGAGACUGCGGAGGGGUCCGGCUCCGACAGCUCCAGCUCCGAUGACGACAGUGACGAGGCCCCUGGCACCUCGGGAACGAGCUCGCCCGCUCCGAACAAGGACAGCGCCGGAGUGGAGAGCGUGGGCGAAUGUUCCAGGAGUCCUGGCGUCCUCAGUACAGACUGUCACUCACCAGAAGCACUUCCGAGCCCCGGGGCUGGCUCUGGGGACAGCCUUUCAGACAACCCGUGUGCCCAGCGGGGGGACACAGCUGCCCGGGAGCGGGGGGAGAGGAAUGGCACUGCAGACACAGAGACAGCCCAGGAGAAGGAGGAGGCCCAGGGGAGGGGACCUGCAGAAGCAGCAGCUGCCGGGCCCGGACCGAAGAGGGAGACAGAGACAGAAGUGACUGAUGGGGUGCCAGCCGCCAGGGCAGCACCUGCAGAAGACGGCGAGGGUAUUCCCAGCACCAGACCCGGGGACAGCCAGGCCGGCAGCUCAGCUCUGGGUCAGGCGUCGGUGGACUUGCUGGCCUUCAGCUCCGUGGCCGAAAUGGAGUCGCUGGGCCUGGAGCAGCUCAAGCGCGAGCUGAUGGGCCGCGGGCUGAAGUGCGGGGGCACCCUCCGGGAGCGCGCCGCCCGGCUCUUCUCCGUGCGCGGCCUCGCCCCCGAGCUCAUCGACCCCGCGCUGCUCGCCAGGCCCCCCAAGGGGAGGAAGAAGUGA